UGUGAAGUUGUCUAUAAAUAUCCUGUAUGGGAUAUCUGAAACUCCACAAUCCACCUAUCUUCCUUCAUUUUGUAGUGUGCAAACUAACAUGAAGAAUCUUCAUAUCCUUUCACUCUCUUUGGCUACCUUCUUUCUCUUGUCAUGCUCCUUCACUAUUGUGCUAUCAUUUAGCCCAUCUCGGACUCUCCAGAGCCAAUGCCUUGAUGACCAGAGAUCUGCUCUGUUGCAACUGCAACAAGGUCUUUACUAUUCUCAUAAUUUUACUUUUUCUUCCAAAGCUGAGCUUUGGAAUGUCAACAUUGAUUGUUGCUCUUGGAAAGGAGUUACAUGUGAUACUCUUGGUCAUGUGAUUGGGCUUGAUCUCAACUACAAAAACCUUUCUGAAUCCUGUUUCAAUGGCCAAAUUCCAAUGGGGAUCUCAUACCUAACAAGGUUAGUCUCUCUUGAUCUAUCUUAUCAAGAUUCUUGCUAUCGGAGAAACGAUCAAAGUGUUGAAUUAUACGGUGAUUAUUUUCCUACUCUAAAACUAGAGAAACCAAAUUUCAAGACUUUAAUCAAGCAUAUGAAGUCUCUCACGGAACUUUAUUUGGAUAGGGUGAACAUUUCAACUCAAAGUACUAAAUGGUGUGAAAUCACAUCGUUAGCACUUCCUAAGCUACGUGUGUUAAGCUUGUCAAGUUGUGGUUUGACAGGUCCAUUGUGUUCGUCUCUCUCAAGACUUCAUUUUCUUUCUAAACUUAACCUCGACUAUAACCCAAUCUCUUAUUUGCCUCACAAUUUCUUGGAAAUUUCCUCUCGAUUGGUUUCUCUAAGCCUAGUCAAUUGCAGUUUGAGUGGGCGUUUUCCAACCAAAGUUUUCUUAUUGCCCAAAAUGAAAAGCAUUGAUAUUUCUAGGAAUCGAAAUCUUACGGGUCAGUUGCCAGAAUUUCCACUAAUUAGUAUCUUACAGGUUCUAUCACUUUAUGGAACAAACUUUAGUGGAAAACUACCCGAAUCCCUGGAUAAUCUUAAGUUCUUGACGCAUUUAGGUCUCUUUAGAUGCAAUUUCUUUGGACAGGUUCCCUCAGCAAUUGCAAAUCUCACAAACCUUGUCUAUUUGGAUCUAAGGCAUAAUUACUUAAGAGGAUCAAUCCCAAAGUCAAUUUUUAAACUCCCAAGGCUCGAAAAACUUUAUAUUGGUUACAAUAACUUUGACUCUUUGAAGCUUGACAUGUUUUCUCAACUCAAGAACUUAAGGGGUCUUGACCUUUCCAAUAUGAGCUUGUCUUUCAAUGCGAUUGAUUUUCCGAAGAAGUUUCCACGUGGUGAUGCAAACUCCUCCAUUCCAAUGCUGCGGUGGUUGUUAUUACAAUCGUGUAAUAUAAGUACAUUUCCAGAGAUUUUAAAAAGUCAAGAGAAUUUAGAAUAUCUUGACCUUUCAAAUAACAAAAUAAGUGGUGCAGUGCCAAACUGGGUGUGGAAAAAAAGUUUGCAGUAUCUAUCUCUUUCCAACAAUCACCUUUCAUCUUUGGACCAAUUUUUAUCCAACCAGUCUCUAACUUCUUCACAAGGCUCUUCCCCAAGACCUAUUUGCGAUUUGAGUCAACUUUGGUAUUUCAAUGCCUCUUAUAACAAUUUGAGCGGCUCAAUUCCAAAUUGCUUGGGCAAUAUCAGCACUCUCUAUUACUUGGACUUACAAGGAAAUAACUUCACCGGAUUCUUACCAAAUUUUGUAAAAGCAGCCAAUUUACGGAUACUCAAAGUUAAUGAGAAUAGAUUAGAAGGGAAGUUACCAAGAUCUUUAGCCAAAUGCACUUACCUCGAAGUCUUGGACGUGGGAAACAACAUGAUGCAUGACACAUUCCCUUUUUGGUUGGAGAAAUUGCCUGCUUUGGAGGUUCUCGUAUUGCGAGAAAAUAAAUUCUACGGUCAAAUUAAACGUUUCAAACGUAAACUGUUUUUUCCAACUUUAGAUGUAUUGGAUAUUGCUUCUAAUGAAUUCUCUGGUGAACUAUCCAUUGAUUCUCUUCAAGCUACUCAAUUAAGGUCACUCCAAAUCGGUGGGAAUAAAUUGGAAGGGAAGUUGCCAAGGUCAUUAGCCAAUUGCACAAAGCUUGAAGUAUUGGACCUUGGAAAAAAUAUAAUACAUGACACAUUUCCUUUUUGGUUGGGAAAAUUACCUUUUUUGAAGGUUCUCAUUCUUCGAGCGAAUAAAUUUUAUGGCACUAUUCAAGUUUCUGUGGCUGAAAAUGCUUUUCCAAUGCUACGGAUAUUGGACCUUGCUUCCAACAACUUUUCAGGUGAGUUAUCCGUCGAAUUUUUGCAAAGUUUGAGAGCAAUGAUGGUAUGGACUGAUGGCAACAAAGCAAAGCUAGAUUAUAUUGGAGAGGACAACUAUCAAGACUCCGUGACAAUUGUCAACAAAGGAUUGGAAAUGGUUUUAGAGAAGAUCUUAACCAUUUUUACUUGUCUUGACCUUUCCAAUAAUAGUUUCCAUGGCAGAAUACCAAAAGAAAUACAAAAUCUCGGAUCCCUCAUAGUGCUAAACUUAUCCCACAAUAGCUUCUCUGGCCAAAUUCCACUAGCACUUGAGAACCUAAAAGAGCUUGAGUCUUUGGACCUUUCACAGAACAAACUCUCAGGGAAGAUUCCUCCGCAACUUACAAGUCUAACUUUCCUAUCAGCACUAGACUUGUCUUACAACAACCUUGAAGGGAGCAUACCACAAAGUAACCAAUUCAAUACAUUUUCAAAUGAUUCUUACCGAGGGAACCCAAGAUUAUGUGGGCCGCCUUUGACAAGGAAAUGCAAUGAAGUUGGUGUUCCACCUUCAAUUCCAGGGGAAGAUGUAGAUUCAUUGGUAGAUGGUAUAUCUGAUUGGAAAAUCGUGUUGAUCGGUUAUGGGUGUGGAAUGGUGAUUGGGUUAUGUAUUGGAUAUACAGUGCUGAAUGAGAUGGGAAACAAAUGGCGUGACAAUUGCAAAAGGAAUGGGAAAAGGAAUGGUAGAAGAUCUAGGUGACUUCAUCAAAAUCCAUGUUUCAAAGUCAGCAGGAAAAUGAUUUGGGAUGAUACUUGGUCCUACAGUUCGUUACAUAUUGCAUAAAAAAGAAAGCAUAGAUAGCUGCAAUACCUUUUAGAAAAGGAUAUGAAUUUUGAGUGAAGGCUUUCACUCAUCUGUUACUUGAUGAAAUUGCUACUUCAAUUGCAUUUUCUUUUGUCCAAUCACAAGAAAAAGGACUUCUUUCCCUCAACUUCAAGUCAUUGCAUGUGAAUGGUGAUCAUGAUUUUUUGAAACUGAUAACCACCCAACGCAGGACAUAGACGAUUUAUAUCAGGUAUCUCAUGUGGUCACUCACCAUGGGGCAUCAACAAAUGACUACUUUGAGCAGUGAAAUGCAAGAGAUGCCAAAAGACCUUGGUUGUUUGUGAUUCAAUGAAAUUAUCUAUGUAAAACUUUCCCUUCUCCUCGGACAUCUAGUCAUAGUUUAGUUGCAAGGAGCAAAUUUCACGGCAUCUUGGCAGUCAAUCUUAUUCUUUGAACGAAUUACAUUUGAGGGAAUGGAUAUGCUUGUUAAUUGAGGAAAUUUUGAAGUUGUAAAGAGUAUAGACAAUCAAUUCAUGCAAGCUAUUAUGGACCAUUUGAAGAAAUGCCGGAUCAUUUUCGGGGUAGUCAUUCUUGAGUAGUCUACUUGAUGAUAUAUUGAACCAAGAAGGUUGUUAAGCCUUCUGCAAUAUGCAAUUUAACCAAUUUUGAGAUUUGACUCAGCAUUUAUGUUUGGAAGUUUUGUGCAGGUUAAAAUGAUAUUUGAUGACUCGGGGUUGAAGGCAUCAUUGGAUGGAGUGAUUAUGAAUGUAUAAAGACAUUGCUGCGAGAGGCUUCUUUUAAAACUAUCUUUUUCAUGUGGCCUUAGUUCUUGCUUGUCUGAAUUAGUGCCUAACUAAGAAAAUGAAGUAGUGUUCUUUCCAUUGAGAAAACUAUUCAUUCCCCUGCUUCCAUCAGGGAAGGCUUUCUAUGCUUUGGAUGUUCUUUCCAAUUUCGGAUGCUCCUUAAAUGCUAUCACAAUCUUCCCUAGCAGUGCCCACCCAACUAAAACUCUCUGGGGUCAUAAUAGGUCAAGAGUACUCUACGCAUAGGUGUCAUGGACUCUAAUUUGAUGAACUGGAUUCUUGGCCAUUGUGGAGGUUGUGAGUUUUAUGUUGAUUCUUGCAAGAUUAAUAUUGCAAAGCCACCUAAAGGUGGAAAUGCUAAUUCUUGUGCAAAAGACAGUGACAGAGUUGGUUAGCUUCUUCGGAAAGCCAUGAAUGUUCUCAAGUACUACAAAAAGAAUAAAAUUUGUAGAUCCCAGGGGUGUGUGGGUUUGUUUUAUUGAUGA